AGGAGGAGGAGGAGACGCUGCUGCUGCUGCCGGGAGCUGAGCUCUCCUCCUCCCUCCAGAGACACAACAUUUAGUUGCCGAAUUACUAUUUAUUUAUUUAUUUAUUGCUCCUGUUCUUUUUUAUUAUAGCUAAAAGCUGAUUCACUAAAUGUUUCAGUCAAAAGACUUCAACACUAAUUACUCAGCUCAAACCCCUAAUUAGAAUAAUAAAAUGUUGCUUCACAGCAUCUUAAUACUUCCUUCUUCUUCCCUCCAUCUCAGGCAUCAUCCACCAGAUGAAGGGGGAGUAUGAGACGGCGCUGAAGCUCCACAGAGCCCACCUGUCCUUCGCCCAGGAGCUGAGUGAUUACGCUGCCCAGGGUCGGGCCUACGGCAACAUGGGCAACGCCCAUCACGCGCUCGGCAUCUACGACCAGGCCGUCCGCUACCACCGCCAAGAGCUGCAGAUCUCUCUGGAGGUGAACGACCGUCCGUCCCAGGCCUCCACGCAUGGUAACCUGGCCGUGGCCUACCAGGCGCUGGGCGCCCACGACCGAGCCCUGCAGCACUACCUCCACCAUCUCGCCAUCGCACGGGAGCUCCAGGACACCCAGAGCGAAGCCAGAGCACUAGCAAACUUGGGCAACUUCCACAGCUGGAGAGGCGAAUACGCUCAGGCCUUGCCGUACUACCAGCAGUACCUGGCUCUGGCUCCGGGUCUGCAGGACCUGGAGGGAGAAGGGAAGGUUUGCCACAACCUCGGCUACGCUCACUACUGCCUCGGACAGUACCGGGACGCCGUCAGGUCAGAGACCGAAUCCAUCUCAUGA